AUGGGUUAUGUCCCAGAGCCUUUGGAAAACCUUGUUUAUUACUUUCAAAUACAAUUGGAACUCGGUUCGGACAAGCAGAACGUUUCAUUUCAAGUAGAUACCGGGAGUGCUGACUUUUGGGUCCCCUUGAAAACAGCUGAUUGCGUCAAUUGUGAGUUUCAAAGUGGAACUUUUGAUAACGCUACUUCUUCAACAUAUCGAACUUUUGGCGCCCCUUUCUCCAUUAAGUAUGGAGGUAAUGAUAGUGCAAUCGGAGAAUAUGCAUCAGAUCAGGUAACAAUUUCUAGCGGUCAGACCAUAAAUAAUAUGACAUUCGGGGCUGUUAACUCGACUACAAGAUAUCUAGCGAUGAUGGGUGUCUCCUUUGAUACCGAGGAAAAUGGAAUCUAUAAGAAUUUUCCUUCAAUUUUGAAGUAUAAUGAACUUAUCGACAAAACAGCUUAUUCGCUAUAUUUAACAGAUAACCAAACUCAAAAUGGAGAAAUACUUUUUGGAGCGAUUGAUCACGCAAAGUAUAAAGGAAGUUUGGAGACAUUUCUGGUAGCAAACAAUCGAUUAGCUAUUGAUCUUGAUGAAAUUGUUGAUGCCAACGGUACUUCUCACAAACUUAAUGGUUUGUCUGUUCUUUUAGACUCUGGAACAGCAGACAUAUGGUUACCACAGGAAAUGUUCUUAGAAAUUGGAAAUUCUAUCACUGGGGCAAGGUAUGACUCCAAUACUAAUCGAUUUGUAGUUGAUUCUUGCUCGUUACCCAGCGAUAAGUCACUAAUGUUUAAGUUAGGCAAUACUACCAUUCGAGUACCACAUAGUGAGCUUUUACUUCCUGAUUGUACAUUGGGAAUAGAAAGUUCGGUAUCUCUCUAUGGUAUCAAUAUCUUGGGGGUGAGUUUCUUAAAGCAUAGCUAUAGUGUCUUCAAUCUUGACGAUAAAACCAUUUCUAUUGCACCAGUGAUUUAUACCUCUAACUCAGAUAUAAGAACCAUUGAAUAA